AUGGUCUGGUGGGCCGUCAUCAUAUUCUGCUUGCUGGUCCUCGCAGGUGCCAUAACUUCCUCGAUGCUCUCCUGCUCCAGCAUGAAAGCCUGGUUCACAGCAGGCGCCUGCUCCACACCCCGUGAUAUCAAAGCAGCUACUAUAAGCCUCUGGUACGCCUACGCCGUCGACAUGGUAACCGAUCUCAUGAUCAUGUUCCUGCCCAUCAAACUCAUCUGGAACCUCCAAAUGCCGCUCAGCCAAAAACUCUCCAUCGGCGGCCUCUUCGCCCUGGGCUUCGUGUGCAUCGCCGUAGCCACCAUCCGCGUCAAGGAGCUCGGCAGCACCGUCAACAACAGCCAACCCUCAGCCACCUGGCUAGCCCUCUGGGGCAUCGUCGAGUCCUCCAUCGCCGUCAUCAUCGGCUGCGGGCCCGGCCUGUACCGCAAGGCCAAAGCCAUCUACAAGACCCACACCAGCAGUGCCGGCGGCUACAACUCGCGAGGCUACGCUCGAUACAACAGCCGCGGCAACGAGGGCGAUGUCCUUGGCAGCAGCAGCCGGGGGAACGACAUUCCGCUGUCCAAAACCUUCCGCACCACAACGGCCAGCUUUGGCCGGAGUCCAAGAAGCCAUGAUGAUGCCGCUAGCAGUCAAGAGGAGCUCGCGGCUCCGAUAAACUUGGACGGGCGUGGGAUCAUGGUCACCAAGUCGGUCACGGUGGGUGUGCAGGAAGAAAACGCCGAAAGCAUGCGCUCCUGGGACCGCGGUGGGGAUGGACGACCACAUGCUUAUUGA